AUGGUGCCCCCCGGGAAGAAGCCAGCCGGAGAGGCCUCCAACUCCAACAAGAAGUGCAAGCGUUACUUCAAUGAGCACUGGAAAAAGGAAUUUACCUGGCUGGACUUUGACUAUGAGAGGAAGCUGAUGUUUUGCCUGGAGUGCCGCCAGGCUCUGGUACGGAACAAGCACGGCAAAGCGGAGAAUGCCUUCACCGUGGGCACCGACAACUUCCAGCGCCACGCUUUGCUGCGCCACGUGACCUCGGGGGCCCACCGCCAGGCUCUGGCUGUCAACCGGGGCCAGCCCGCUAUCGAGGCUGAGGGCGGAGGGGCCUGCCCAGGCCUGGCAACCACCCCUACCUCCAGGGGCAUCAAGGUGGAGGUGGACCCGGCCAAAGUGGCUGUGCUGACCACCGUGUACUGCAUGGCCAAGGAGGACGUGCCUGAUGACCGCUGCUCUGCCCUGCUGGAGCUACAGAGGUUCAACCUGUGCCAGGCGCUGCUGGGCACGGAGCAUGGCGAUUACUACAGCCCCAGGAGGGUGAGGGACAUGCAGGUGGCCAUUGCCAGUGUCUUGCACACAGAGGCCUGCCAGUGCCUGAAGGCAUCCCCAUACGUGGGGCUGGUGUUGGACAAGACCAGGGACUGGCCUGAGUCCCACAGUCUGGCCUUGUUUGCCACUUCGGUGUCCCCCUGCGAUGGCCAGCCUGCCGCCACCUUCCUGGGCAGUGUGGAGCUACAGGAGGGCGAGGCCACCGCGGGCCAGCUCCUGGACAUCCUGCAGGCCUUCGGCGUGUCUGCACCCAAGCUAGCCUGGCUCAGCUCAAGCCUCCCCAGUGACUGCCUGGGGAGUGUGGGCCUGCAGCUCCAGGCCGCCUGCCCGCUGCUCAUGGAGCUACACUGCCUCCCUGGCCGGCCCGAUCCCGAGCCCCCUGACUACCUAGGUGAAUACGAAAGUGUCCUGGAUGCCCUAUUCCGCCUCCACGGUGGCCCCAGGGGCCACGUGGUCCCUGAGCUGCGGGCGGCACUGGACCUUGCAGCUAUCGACUUGGCAGGACCACGGCCAGUGCCCUGGGCCUCCUUGCUGCCUGUCGUGGAAGCAGUGGCUGAGGUUUGGCCUUGCCUGGUGCCCACACUGGAAGCCUCUGCCCCAGCCUCGCCAACAGCUAGGGCGCUGGCCCUCGCCCUGCGCCAGUUCACCUUUGUGGCCUUCACCCACCUACUCCUGGACACUCUGCCCUGCAUGCAGAAGCUCGCCGUUGUUUUGCAGCCAGAAGACCCGGACUUGGCCUUGCUGCAGCCCCUGGUGAUGGCAGCUGCAGCCUCCCUCCAAGCGCAGCGAAGCUCCGGUGGCGCGCGCCUCCAGGGCUUCCUGCAGGAACUGGCUUCCUCCAGCCCCGACUUGGGCGGUGGGCGCUGUACCUACCGCGGCCUGGAGCUAGUCGGCUACUCCGAGGCUGCGGUCCGGGGCUUGGAGCGGCUGCGGGGGGCCUUUUUGGACUCCAUGCGGAGGGGCCUGCGGGACUCCUACCCUGCGCCCUCGUUGGAUGCCGCAGCCGCCUUCGCCGCGAUCUUCGAUCCCCGCUGCUACCCACAGGCGCCCGAGGAGUUGGGCGCACACGGCGAGGGGGCGCUGCGGCUCCUUCUGCGCGUCUACGCCCCGGCUGUGGUGCGCCAGCGCGCAUUGGGCGACUUUACUCUCUUCAAGCGCGUGGUCUGCAGCCUCGGGCAGCUAGGCCCACGGGCUCUGUGCUCCAAGCUGGCGUGCGCACACUCCGAGCUCCACGAGCUUUUCCCCGACUUCGCAGCCCUCGCCACCCUGGCCUUGGUGUUGCCCGUGGGCGCCGGCCUCCUGGACAAGGUCGGCCGCAGCAGGGAGCUGCGGUGGUGGGGGCAGGGCGGGCCUGGGGAAGGCCGGGGUGACCCUGCGGUCAAGAUCGCUGUGGAUGGCCCCCCACUGCACGAGUUUGACUUUGCGAUGGCCGUGGAGUUCUUAGAGAGUGGGUGGGGGGACGGGUUUCUGGGUUCGAAGUUCACCUGAGGGUGUCCUCCUUCUCUCUAACCAGCCAACCUGGGUCUGAGCACUUUUAAGGACCAUGCUGGACUUGACCAUGCUGCAUCCGAGCUGACUUACUAACUGUGGCCUUCCACCCACCUUCCCCACGCUUUCUCUGCGCCAUGCUGAGUACUAACCCAGCCCUGUGGGCUGUGGAGGAGAAUUGGGUCCAGGGGGACCGGGGCAAGUGGCCAGAGAUGCUAGGGUCUGGGGCACCCUAAAUAUUUUUCCUGACCAUCCUAGAGUUUGGUGAGGCUCCCCUUUUCCCAUCUGGAUUCAUCUCAAGUUUUGGCCCUAAAAAAAGGCGGGGGUUCUUUGUAGAAGGGAGGAAGACUGGGUCUACCAGAAUUAAGGGAUUGAGAAGAAAAGAAUGGUUUGCUGACUGCUUUUCACCUCCCUGCUGGCAGCAUCUCUUCAGACAUGACUGGAGAGCAGAUCGCUGUCCUUGUUUUUGACACACCGCACAGUACCCUCUCUGUGCACAAGUUAACAGUUCAAGGGAGGGAGUGGUACCCUCCCUUCCUUCCCCACCAAUGGACUACCUGAGGCUUUUCUGUAUAUGACCGUAUGGCAUAUAGACGUGUCCAUCUAGAAAUGUGAAAUAAAUCUCUCCUGUCUUUCAUAGUGUUAACACAUAAAUCUAAAAGGACUUCUUUUCGUUUUGACAGGGUCCAAAAAAGUCCCAAAUGAACUGGGCUUAUUUCUAAUUUUUGUCUUUCUUGAAGCCUGGCCGUUCCCCCAAGUUCCUUGCCUCAGACCCUUGAGACCAAAGACCGUGAAGCCUCAGCGCUGUGCCCUCCUGCAGGCCAGACCCAGGGGUGCCCCUGGAGGCUUCUUGCCCCCUGGGGGAAGCAGCUGGGGCUGCACCAGAGCUGGGGGACACAUUCCUUCAGUUUUC